AUGCUUCAACAACACAAAACCAGUGGUUUGGGUUCACCUCUCUCUCCCAUGAGUGAUAUCUAUUCAUUUUGUAAAGUGGGCGAUUUGAACAAGAUUCGAUCCAUUAUUAAAACAUCAGACUUGGAUAGACCCGAUAGGUAUGGAAAUACACCUCUCUAUUAUGCUUGUUUGUGUGGACAUUUACAGGUGGUCAAGUAUUUGUCGGAUUUGGGGGCUCGUGAUGAUAAGUUUGCUCGUUGCUAUUGGAAUGCCUUGUCGUUGCCAGUGAGACAUUUAUUGAAGGUUUAUAAUAAGUAUGGAGGACCAACACAAGUAAAGAAAGCACAAAAGAAAACUGAAGAAGAGGAAGAUGAAGAAAUUGAGCAAAUGUAUGAGCAAGAUCAGUUCAAAUCGUUGGAUCCAUUCAUGAUGAAAAUGGCCAAGAGAGUGAUUUAUGGAACUGAGAAACCAGAUGAAUGUGAUUUGACUAUUAGAAUUAGAUUUGGAAAAGAUGAGGAAGAUACUAUUUACUAUUGUAAUUGGUGGAUUAUUUUGAAGAGAUGGCCAAUGCUCUUGUAUUUUGCUUUGGUGAAUAAGGAAAGACCUAUUCCAAUGAAAGUGAGCACCAUUUUGACAAGUGAAGAUUUGAAAGUUGUUGAUUUGAAAACAAAUAGAGAAAUUAAGAAAUAUUUUGAUUCGAUGAAUAAGGAAGUAUUGAUGGUGGAUGUUUACAAUAAGAAAAUUAAGGAAAUUAAGAAACAAAUGGAAAUUGCCAAUGAAAAGAAAAAUUAUCAAAGACCUCAGGAUGACUUGCAAGCAAUUGAGAAUUUAAUUCCAGAUAGUGAUAGAGAAAUUAGGGAAUUUUUAAAGAGAGAGGAAUUGCAAGUUGUUGAUUUGGGACAAGUUGGAUUGACCAAAAGUCAAUUUGAUAAUUUAAUGGUAUGGAUUUAUACUGGUUGUUUGCUGAAGACUGAAAACCAAAAAAAGUUUAUGAAAUUAGAAAAUUUGGGAGUUUUUGUUCAAAGAACAGAAUAUUGUGAUUGGAUGGAAACUUUGAAAAUGUAUACUCUUGUGGACAUGUUUAAGGAUUAUUUAACAAAAGAUAUCAAAGUUGCAAUGAAGGAAUCAGAUUCACAAUUCAAAAACGACUUGAAAGGAUGUAUAUUCCACAAUAACUAUGAGGCCAUUUCAAAGUUUGAAAGAUUACAACGAAGUUUAUGUGAUGUUCAGAUCAAAAUUAAGAAUUAUCUGGAAGAGGUUUUCUUUGUUGAAUCCACAGAAGCUAUAUUAUGCCACAAACACUUCCUCUCAGAAAGAUCAAUGUUUUUCAAUGUAUUGCUCAACUCUAAUUUUGAUGAAACUGAAAGAAUGAAAGAAUCAGCUCUCCAUGAAGAUAUUCCAACACUUGAAAUUCAAGGAUGCAACUUUUCAGUAGUUCAAGAAUUGUGUAAUUUUAUCUAUUCUGCCAGGUUUGAGCAAUUGGACGAAAGUAACUUGUUAGAAUUAUUCUCAUAUGGACAUCGUUUAGGAUUCCCUGAAAAUACCAUCAACAUGCUUGAGGAUAGAACUCUAACUUUAACAAUUUUAGAUGAAGAACUUGUUGCUUUUUGUAAAGCUUGCUUCCCAAUUUUCAAGGAUGCUUCCAAAAGGGCUAUGGAAAAGCCAUUGUACGAAUAUUUAUCCAAGUUCUCUGAACAGGAACGAUUUGAUACCUUGAUAGAGUUGGAUUAUACUGCAGAUGAUAUUCAACGUCUAGAUACAUGUUACCAAAAUAAUUGA